UGAGCGCGGCUUGAGCCUUCUCGGCGCCCGUAGCUCCAGACCGUGUGACGGGCCAGACAGUGCCUCGGCUGAGUGUAGCAGCUCGGGCCGUUCGAAAGGGCCCGGCGCGCGGGGCUGGGAGCGGCGGCGGCGGCGGCGGCGGCGAUGGCUGAUUACUGGAAAUCCCAGCCAAAGAAAUUUUGCGGUUACUGCAAGUGCUGGAUAGCAGACAACAAACCUAGCAUUGAAUUUCAUGAAAGGGGAAAGAACCAUAAGGAAAAUGUGGCAAAGAAAAUUAGUGAGAUUAAAAAGAAAAGUAUGGAAAAGGCAAAAGAAGAAGAAAAAAUGUCAAAGGAAUUUGCAGCAAUGGAGGAAGCUGCACUGAAAGCAUAUCAAGAGGAUCUGAAAAGGCUUGGAAUUAAGUCAGAUUCUAUAGGUCCCAGUUCAACACAAAGUAAACAGGAGGAAAAGAAAGAAAAGAAGGAAAAGAAAAAAAAGAGAAAAGACACCUCAGAAGCACCAUCAGAUGAAACAAAGGAAUGGGUGCAAGGACAUUCCCCUGAGGGUUACAUGUAUUACUACAAUACUGUAACCGGAGAAUCACAGUGGGAGAAACCUGAAGGUUUUCAAGACAACUCUCGAAACUCACAAACGACAGGAGCAUGGGUGGAAGGAGUCAGUGAAGAUGGUCAGACCUACUAUUAUAAUACAAAAACAGGAGUAUCAACGUGGGAGAAGCCUGAUGGUUUUGUUUCACCUUCAUAUGAGAGCAAUAAAGAUGACAAUCAUCCUGAAGAACACACCACAGCAGAUUCAAAGAGAUCUGAAUCAGAUGCUGAGAUGGGUGGUAAUAAAAGUGAAGUACAAAAGCCAAAAACAAACCUAAAGAUGAAAAGAGACAGCGAUGACGAAACAGAGGAAGAGAAACCCCCCAAAGUUAAAAAGAUAAGCCCUUAUGGAGAGUGGCAGGAAGUUAAACAAGAAACUGAUGUUGCUCAGGAUGAGGCCUUGUCAGUUCCACAAACUACCUCCCAUAAUGUAUCUAAAAAGACAAACCCUUAUGGAAACUGGGAGGCAGUUACAGAAAAGGAAGACCCAUAUGAAAAAGUGGACUUAGAGCUUCCCAGUACAGAGAGUGACUAUCUUCCUCUACCAGUGCUCCAGGUUCCAGAGGAUGCAAAAAUGAUAUUUAAAGAAAAAACAGUCACCUCCCUUGGAGACCUGACAGAAGAGGUGCCGAUCUUCAAAAAGAGAAAAUUUGAAAAUGGAAAAUCAAGAAAUUUACGACAAAGACCAACUGAUCAGUAAUAAUUUAACAAAGCAUUGUAGAUGCUGUUUAAACUAGAUAGGGUCAAAAGUCACUAUUUUAAACAAGCUUUUUUUAAGAAAAUGUUGGUUAGAAAUUAAGAAUUUAUGGUUAUUCAAAAAUGUAUUGACUGUGGAUUGUAAUAAAUUUUUUAUUUUUAUGUUAAUUAUAUUUUGUUUUCUGAAUGGAUAAUUGCACAAUUUAUGCAGUGGUGUAAAUGCAUUUAUUUUUUAUUUUAACCCUGUUAUCUGAAUUCAAUUUGCUCAAUGUGUGAUACUUAAAAUACAAUAUAAUAUAUAUUGA